CUUAAACGAUUUUCUUCUGCCACACUAAACCGAAAUUCUCAGAAAAACUAAUUCCCAAAAUUUGAAUAGUGUUCAAUCUGAGAUACCGAUGAGGCAAAGAGAAUCGAAUUCACCGUUUCAUUGGUUAAAGAGAUAAAUCUAGUUUCCAGAGGCCGAACUUCCUUACCGUGACUGCUUCCGCCAUAGGUAUACGCGUACGUUGUUGAUCUCAAGCGAAGGUAAGCUCGUAUAUUACCAACAAGUAACAGUUAACUAAAAUACAUGUAAAUUUUCUGGUCAACAUUUAAGCGGAACUCCAAGAACAACGAACGCUUCGUUAAACAUAUUAUGUGUCACUUCAUCAUGUACGCCAUCUAGCGCUUACCGUGAUGUGAAGUCGACCUUCACAGCGACUUCGGUGCCGUGGCUGUCUCAGAGGGAUUUGUGAUCUAGCUGUCAUUUAAGUUACAUUUGCCUCUCAGUUAAUGUUAUUGGAAUAGGAAGUAGUUCCACGAAAAAUCGCUGCCUUAGUAUAAAAAGGGAGCUAUUUUAUAGUCAGAACUGAUUAAAUGUUUGAAUGCACCAGUGGUAUAUCUGUUAUUCAUUGAUUAAAUUGACGUUCACCGAGCCUGAUCGUAUUUACAUGUAUUUACCUUCUCUAUAACGUAUCUUGGGGCCAAAAAUGAGAUGAAUUCACUUCCUUAUAAACUCAUUGAUCUUUCAGAUGUAAAAAGGCUCCUUUAUGUGAAUCAAUGUGCUCCUUCAUACUUAAUCAAACAUUGGCUUUUAGUUACAAAGCACCAGCUGUCCGACAAUUCUUAAUUUAUGCCGGCAUGACGCUAGGGUAGCGUCAUUGUUACUGUAUUCUGAGUUGCUAAGACAUUCGGAAAAAUAACUAUCUUUGCAAAACAACUAGUGUGAACAAAUGAUCGUAAUGAGGUAUUGAAUAUCUUGUUCGCCUCCGACCAUAACUGUAAAUGUUUUAUUUAAAAUUGCGUUACAUCAUAACAGAGAUCAUCAACGGUUCAUUCCAUGUCCACUGUUGAUAAACACUUUACGAUACAAUUUAUUUAUCUCUUUCGCUUUUUGAAUUCCCCGAAAUAUCCUUUGGUUUAUUUUCCACAGUUGUCUAAAUUGCGUUUCAUCCUUGCCACGAUUGCUUCUUCGAGAAAAUUUCUCUGUCGCAAAACGAUUGAAAAUAUGGCGACUUAACUUACAAUGACUUAACUAUUGCUGGUUUGAAGAUUGAAAGGAAAAUGAUUUUAAGUAGAACUUUAGACAAGUGGGGUACAGGCAACUUUUUCCUUCUCGGUCCAAGCCUUGUUUAGGAUUAUUAUUUUCUUAAUUUGGCGACAGAGUAACGGAAUAACGGAACGAGACCUGGCCAGAUAAAAUCAUGUCCUGUUUUCUGUAUUUCAUCAACACACAACCCCCAAUUCCUUUUAUUGGCACUGAGGAAGGGCUAACGCUCGAAAAAUUACUUUAAAAACUGCUAAUGGUAGCUUAUUUACAUUAUCAACUCAUUUGAUAAAAACAAAUUAUCUUGUACUCUCAAAUGCCUUUCUCCGCUAGCAGUUAUUGAAAGCUGACGAAAUAUUGAGGGGGUGGGGUGGGUUACCCGUCCUUAAUCGCAUGGAUAGAAAUACGGGAACUCUAUUCUAUGCUCUGUGGAUCGUGGCGACUAGGCCGGUUUUAUUAAACCUUUUAACUAAAGCUAUUUUUUAACAGUGAUGGCUGAAGGACGAUCAGGAGGUCCCUUUGAAAUAGACUACCCAGAAGGUGUCCCAUACAGUCCUUGGAACUUCAACAUCUACACCAUGUUGACGAUAGUUAAACAGACCUGUUUUGGGCAUGUCAAGGCCAACUUACGUCAUGUGCUGAAUCAUCUCAUGCCAGGAACAACACAAACGCUUCUGGAACACAGUGAAUCCCUUGAGCUGGACAACUGCUUCAUAGCAGGUCAAAAAUUUGAUGGGCAACGGGUUGGAAGCAUGCCAGAAGAUGUGCCUAUCGUCCAACCAAUAAGACAACCUAUAGACUCGGAUGACGACGUUAUGAGAGAUGUUGGUUUUUCUUUUGAAUGUGAUUAUAAUCUCUGUUUUAAGGAUAUUUCCGCUAGCGAAAAUCCACCGCAGAGAGUUGAUUUGAAGUCCCCAGAGGAGCAUGUACAAUUGCAAGUCCUCCCUUCGAUGCCUCCUGGUUAUGCCCGAUUGGCAGUCCCUCCAAAUGUGGAUUGGGUACCAGGUCUGCAGAGUCUGUGUGUCCAAGAUGAAGAAAUCACACUCUUAUCCUCAGAGCUUCUCAUUGAACAGAUGUACAACGUACUAACAAUCAUCACGGCCAUAUUAAACGUUCACAGAAUGAAGAAACACCACAGCAACGAUAAACCAUACAAUGAAGAAGAUUGCAUAUCCCUUGGGGACUACCUCCAAUACGUGGGACAGGCAGGACCAGCAGUCCACGUGGUCAUGUGCAUGGGAGACUUAAGUCCCCAAAAAGGGAGGUUCCUCUUUCUCACAGAAGACGUCAGUUUGUCUGUGCCCUGUAAAGAAUGGCCCAGCUGUGCCAAGGAAUGGUACACGAGGGACAGGCCAUCACGUUGGCCAUCACAGGAACUUAUCAAGAAGGUGAUACAGGAUGGGUGUCACAUUGUGCCAAAGUUUGACGCAGCAGUAAAAAGUUCAGUGACCCCAAGUAACAGUGAAAUGGCGGAAGCUGCAGAGGGUAGUAAUUUCCCCCAGACCCAAUGGAGGUACUCAUUCUCGCUGGCAGAAAGAACCCUGAUGAACUCCAUCACAGACGAGCAGAAGAUGUGCUACCUUAUUUUUAAGUACUUAUUCUCCCGAUACGUUAAGCUGGAUUCAGUGAUAACCACCUACACUACAAAAACUCUUUUUCUGUGGGCACUGGAGACCGUGCCUGUCGAUCAGUGGACCAAAGCAACGAUCGGUGACCGCGUAAAAGACCUCAUGGAAGACCUGAGAACCUGCAUUAAGAAGAAGCACUGUCCGCAUUAUUUCAUUAGUGGGUCCAACACCCUCCAGCAAAUGGACGACAAGAGCCUUAAAGUUACAUUAGAGAAUGGUUUGUCUAUGUUGGAUGAAGAUAUGGCGGAGGCACCAGUUUUGGGCUCGGGCACGUUUGAAACGACCUCGGAUUUCCCCGUCAACUUCAUGUUUACAUACAAAUCGUUCUACCCAAUCAACGCCUGGUUAGAAUCACUGAACGCUCAAAUGAUGGCGAAACUUGAUGCACCGAGUAAAGUUCCCUCUGAACAGAUCCUGGCAGAUUUCAUGGACAGCUCGAAAACUCACCCACUCGCGAUGUCAGAGAUUUUAAAAUAUCUUGUUCUAUCGGACGAGAUUUACAGUCAGCCUCUACCCGUUCCAGAGUUCCUCCUGAACCACGGGAAGGUUACACAGCUGAUCAAAUUCUUGGAAAAAUCCAUCACAACACCAGAAAAGUACAAAGAAAGCAUGGCAGAACUUAACGUUGAGAUACAGUUUCUUCACUUGCAGUUCAGAAUAAUCGACGAGCUUCAACAGUUUUUCACAGAAAACCCAAAUUUUGCCUUCAGCUUUGAAUCAAGCUCCGACGAAGGCGGGUCCGAGGGGGAUGAGUAACCUCGCGUUAUUCUUUGCCACUUUGGAAUAAACGAGGACGUACCCGCAAUUUGUUUUUUCUUCUGGAAACUCUGAAUGUUUUUGCCGUAUAAUGGAUAAUAUACUAACUAUCAACUCAUAGCGAGUGGUUAGAAUGGACCCUCGGGGAAACCUAUACACUAUAAUCGCACUGAAAAUAUUUCUGGCUGUGGUGGCGCCUUAACUUUCUUCACUGAAGUAAACUGCAAAAUUAGAUGAAUAUUAAUGAUAAGCUGAGAUAUCUUUAUUCAUGUCUUAUUCCAAUUUUUCCCUUGCUAAGAGAGUUUGUGAAGGGAAAGUUUUACUUCAUGAGGGAAAUCACAAGGGGAGAGGGGAGGCUAGUUGGAGAGUGUAGCUUUGUUACCAGACGUUUUCAUAUACUCACUUUAAUUCGAUUGAUUAGCUAACAAUUUAGUUAAGAAAAGUAUUUAGGAACUGUGCUUAUCUACAGACAUAUAAAGAAGAUCCCUACGUCAUGACAUGCGCCAAGCUCUCGCUUUGUAGAAAGGAAUGGAAAAGUAGGUGCAAAAAAUAAAAAUAACUUCAGAUGGUGACUGUGUUAUACCCCUGAUCAUUGUGCGUAGUUUUCUGUACGAUUAGUGUCUUUGACACCACAUUUUCCAAAAGGGAAACAGCAUAACUUAACAGCAACCUUAAAUAUUAAUUGC